CACGAAGAUUUGUCACAAGAUCCUUCGAUUUGAUUCCUCGCAAUAUUAUUGUUAUUUCUUAGAGGGGCUGCAUCCGACAAUCCAACAUCUGCAUGGUGCCCUCCCCUCGAGCUCUGCCCCCCUCCUCAUCUUAGCUCUCUAAUCCAUAGUAACUUCAUUCGAACAACAUCACCGAUCACACACACAAGCCAACGGCAAACUGAAGGGAAAGCAACCAUGUCCUCCACUCCUACAACUUGUAGCUCUGCAACCCAUUACAAGAAUGAUCCAAUCCUUCGUCCUCUGAUAGACCUUGGUACGACCAAACGAGAUCGGCCUCGUCACAAGAAACUACCGAGAGCCAGCAUUCUGGUCUGUCUCUUCAAGCCUACAUUUGGGCGCAACCAGGAAUGGCAUGUGCUCUUGACCCAACGUCCCAUGAAACUCAAGUCACACCCGGGGGAAGUUUGUUGUCCUGGAGGCCGUCAAGACAAGGAAGAUGAGGGAGAUGAUGUUGUGACGGCCUUGAGGGAAACCAGAGAAGAAGUGGGGAUUCCAGAAACCGAAAUUGACAUACUAGCACGAAUGGAGACUGUUGAGAGCGUCGGAGGGCUCUGUGUGACACCCAUUGUGGGGAUUUGGAAGAAUCCGGUCCUUCCGUCCCAGCUCCAAAUCAACAAGGACGAAGUGGAGGCUUGUUUCUACGUACCGUUAUCAAAUUUCUGGAAUGACGCCAACGGCGAAGAUCCCUUUGAGAUUGACUGGCGAGGAGAAGUCUUUGUGAUGAGAACUUAUCAUUGGAAAGGAGAUGAUCUAAAAACAUUCAAAAUUUGGGGCUUGACGGCCCAUGUGGUCUAUGAAAUGGCGCAAAUCUGCAAACCAGCAACCUCUCAACAACAAUCUACUACUACUCGUGUUGUCAAAACCACAUCGGGGCUCUUGUGGCGAUGGAUAGACGAACCAGGCAGUAGUAAACCCUACUGGUCCCAGCGGUACUUUGUUCUAGCGGGUGCCGAAAACCGAAAGAGGGUUCUACAUCAAUACAAUUCCCAGGAGCAGGCGGCAACCAAAUCCGAAACUGCCACCAAGAAGAAUCGAUUGCCACUGGACGAAGAGGACGUGCAAGUCACAGAAGGACCACAAGAAGGAGACAAGUUUAUCUUUCAAGUCUCCAUAUUAGAUGGUCGCAUUCAGUGGAAGUUGGCUGUCGAAACCGAAGAAGAACGUAGCCGAUGGAUGUCCAUAAUUUCAAGAAUGAGAUCGGAGCGUACGCCGUCCAAGAAACUGAAAACAGACGACACCAAGUAACUACGAUAUCACUAGCUAGCUACCUGGUAGCUUGGCAAACAUCAUUGUAGUUAGGUUCGUUGGAACCAGUCCUGGUCAGUGCAGAGCCAACCAAUGAUGGGGUGCAGGAAGUAUGUUGUUGGAAAGGGUGGCUCUCCUUGCUCCUGCCGACUUUUUGAAGCGGAUCGCACCCACGUUGAUUUGUUUCAUCCUCCAAUGACUGCCCCGCGCCUGUUCGCAUUGGUUAGGUGGGCCCCCGAUGUGCUCCUGAUUGUUUCGGUCAAUGGUUCGCUAGCUGGGAGAAGGUCCAAAACCUGAUGCAUGAAUCGAAUUCCUCGAUAAGCAAAUUGUUGAGUCUUCUUCUCGUUUGAUUAUUAUCGUAUUUCUUUUUUUGUGUGC